GGGCAGUGUUAUCCUUGCGAUCGAUGGUCUGUGAUCGUCAACAUACUAAAGCAAAACAACAACAACGGAGCAAAGGAAUCGAUGUGUGAGACUCGCCCACAGCACAGGCCAAACAACCAUGAGCGGUUCCGAAAAAGCGCAGUCGACUCUCCAACCGAUUUUUGAUCAAUAUUGGAAGCAUUUCGGAGAUUCACAAAUCGAUAAGGCUCUUGAAUUCUAUCAUCCAGACGCCGUCCUUAUCGAAACUGGAAAGUCUGGGCUGUAUGGCAAGGACGCGAUCAAAAGAGAAAAGCUCAAUUUCAGUCAGCAAACCGGCAAUGCUCCGAUGAAGUGCCUCAAUGAGAAGUACCAAAUGACUGAUGAUUACAUAAUCUACAAUGCUGACUACGAAAUUAACUCGGAAAAAUCUGGAAAGAUGAGGGGGAGAUUUUGUCAAAUUUGGAAAAAGCUCAACAACAAAUACCUUAUUCUUCGCGAGGAAUAUUCUGCUGCCGCAUAGGAAUCUCGACUGUUAUAAUUUGGUAUUAUGUACAUUUUCAUACUGUAUAUGACAGUGCUUAUUGAGCAUGUUUCACUUGUAGUUCCUUUUUCUUUAUCAUAACCAAAUUCUAUGAU